GGCGCGGGGGCGGGGCAGGGGGGCGGGGCCCCGCGGCGGAGUACAUAAGGCCGGGCGCCGGGCUCCCCCUUCACUCGCGCGUUAGGAGGCUCGGGUCGUUUCGCUGUGCCGUUUUCCCGCCUGCGUCAGGGACCUGCCCGGCUCGGUGGCCGUCAUGGCGUCGGACGAGGGCAAGCUGUUCGUCGGGGGGCUGAGCUUCGACACCAACGAGCAGUCGCUGGAGCAGGUUUUCUCCAAGUACGGGCAGAUCUCGGAAGUGGUGGUCGUCAAGGACAGGGAGACCCAGCGAUCGCGGGGUUUUGGCUUUGUCACCUUUGAGAACAUCGACGACGCCAAGGACGCCAUGAUGGCCAUGAACGGGAAGUCCGUGGACGGGCGGCAGAUCCGCGUGGACCAGGCGGGCAAGUCUUCGGACAGCCGCUCCCGGGGCUACCGCGGCGGCUCUGCCGGGGGCCGCGGCUUCUUCCGCGGGGGCCGAGGCCGGGGCCGCGGGUUCUCGAGAGGCGGCGGGGACCGAGGCUACGGCGGGAGCCGCUUCGAGUCGAGGAGCGGGGGCUACGGGGGCUCCCGGGACUACUACGGCAGCCGGAGUCAGGGCGGCGGCUACGGUGACCGGAGCUCGGGCGGGUCCUACAGAGACAGCUACGACAGCUACGCUACACACAGCGAGUAAGGCCUGCUGCUCGAGAUCGUGCCGCUCGCUGUGUCCCUAACGAUUGUGGGAGCUUCGCUGAGCCGUUGACGUGUAGUGACCACACUCCCCGACCCCACUUUUGUAGUUCUCCGUCCCAUCUUGUCAGACGCAGCCUGACCGCUCCUGACCCCCGGACGGCUUCGUCACUAGACUUUUCUCUUUAAGGAAGUGCUGUCCGUUUUUGAGGUUUUUAAGAACGUUUUGAAAAGCACUUCAGGGUUUGCUUUUUUCUUCUUCCGUGAGCCAGGAGCUUCUGGAAGAUGGCUGGGGGUCGUGUGGGUUUUUUGGUUGUGUUGCCUUCUUGGUUUCUCUUUUCAGUGGGGUCGGCCCGUGAACAGGGAGCCCCGCUUUGCUUCCCCUUGAGAUCGAACGGACUCGGAAUCCGCUCUGGUCGGGAGCUGAGGAGCGGAGGCUUUUCCACCUCCGUGUCCGUGUCCGAGGGGAGCGCGGUAGGACCGGCCCGGGGCGCCCCGAGCGCCCGGCUGCCCAGGCCCGGCCCGCACCCCCGCGGCCGGCGGCCGUCCCUGGCGAGGCCCUGGGCAUGUUUAUUUAUAUCGUCCUUUUUUACCGGAAGACGUGUGCGCAUCCGUCGCUGUUGUAUUGAAGUGGUUGAGGAAUCCUUGUACGCAGUUUCUUUGGCUUCACGAAGCCGAUUAAAAGACCGUCUGAAACGAA